AAAAGAUGCAGCUGAACAAUAACAAAUGCAUGGGCUAACAUAUAACAAACAAACUCCGAGAGAAACAUUCGUAAAUGUAAAAGUCAGCUCGACUUGCAUUGUUUGAAAGAAGAAGAUGACAGUCGGGCAGAAGGGACUCGCGAUGACGUCAUCCCCAGCUGCAGACAACAACAACAAUGGCAGAUACAAGAGCCGAUCUCCGUGACGAUGGCGCCGAAAUGGCCGUUACUCUCGCUACCCCAGAUCCUAAAAAUGUGCAGGAGUUGACGCAAUACGUUACCUUAUUGCUGCAACAGAUGCAGGAACGAUUUCAAACUAUGUCUGAUCAAAUAAUAUCAAGAAUAGAUGAAAUGGGGACCCGUAUCGAUGAUCUAGAGAGAAACAUAGCAGAUCUUAUGACACAAGCAGGACCAGAAGAACCUGACAAAUGAACGGAUGCACUUUCACUCUAUUUUUGCACAAUAUUUUGUAAUACUUCAGUCACCAUGAGGUGAGGCCUGUGGAAGACUUAGGUUUGCGUGCGUUGCUAAUAAAAUAAUUUAUAUGAUGUAGUGAGUAAUUCUCCACUGCAGUCUUCAGUGUGCAUUGAUUAGAGGAUUUUGAAACUGGAAUGUAACCAAAGAAAGGGUGAAGGUCUGGCAUAUAUUUGCCAAUGCAUGUCAUCACCUUUCCCAGGCAGUCAGUCACAGGAACAUUAAGUAAUAUUACUUUAGUUAAUUUAUGUUUAUAAUUGUAUUAUGUUGCAAAGUUAUUGACUGCUAUUAGGCUUAAUUAUAAGUUGUGUGGAUGUGUUUUGCUGUUCCUUGUUAUAUGAAUUACAUUACUUGGAAUAAUAACAACACAGCAGUAUAGUUUAGCAAAAAACUUAUCCAGGUCAGUUGUCUUCAGUUGUAAGAGUUGUCAUUAUAUUUUGAACAGAAAUGCAUUUUGUAUUAAUGUAAUUGUACUCACAACAGGGGAAAUAGCUGGAAACAGUAGGUGUGUGAAACUUGGUGGAAUGUGAAAUUAGUACAUUCACCUAGACAGAAAAAACAGAGGAAAAUGUCAUGAUAGUUGAGUUAUGGGUUGAGAGGGUAUGUGGUAUGUUGCCGAGUACAUAGUAUUUACAUAGAGCAGAGCACUGAUGUGGUAUCUGAAGAGGUCUCUUGUUAUUGUUCCUAUAACACUUAGCAAACAGAAAUAAAAAUAAAGUGUUGGUUUAUUGUUGAUGCUUAUUGUGGUGAUUACUGGUAGCUUAUGGAGUUUGUAAUACUAAUGGAAAGGCCUUUUGGAAAUACGUAGUGUUUUGCAGGUGCACCAGACCCUUGACCCAGUUGAGAGAAAGAAUUUUCAAAUUUUAUGUAUUGGUCCUAAAAUGCAUAACACUAUGAAAAGGACCAAAAGUAAGAGCUUAUCCCAAGUUUGGUGCUUAUUUUUAAAAGUUGUGAAAGUUUUUUUUAUUAGUGAUGUAGAUGAUUUUUCAGUAUCUAAAUAUUGCUUCAAAUAUGAUUUAUUUCAAUUUUUUCAGGCAUUACCUCCGGCUGUCAUUCAAGUGAAGUUCAGUAUCUGACUGAAACAUUUAUUGUUGUAAUUUUAUUGUGCUUAUAUGCUGGGACACUUUAGUAAUGUGUUUUAAACCCUCUUCAUUUUAGCAAAUUGAUCUGAUAUUGAAAGAUUUUAACUGACUUUUAAAUUGAAUUAAGAUUAAACAGUUAAUAAAUAGAGCAAUUUUAUAAUACUGCAGUACAGUGCCUGUUUGCUUGCUUUCAGGGAUUUCAUUUAUUUAGAUCUGGAAAUUUUUCAUGAUGAAAGAAAAGCUUCACACCAAAUCUUAUUGUAAAGGUAAUAAUUGAGACUGCAAAUUAAUCUUGUAGCAUUAAGGUUGUAUUAAAGAUCAUUUUUACAUGACAAAAAAAUGCUUCACAUCAUGAAUUUUAAAUUAUUAAACCAACAUGAUUUUGUAAGCACUUAAAAUUAUGGUGUUGGAGGUAGUACAGUAAUUUCAAAAUUUCACAACUAUAUGGAAGGCGAGCCUGAUAUCUGCCCGUACUUUAUGAAGGGGAGUGAUGUUGAGAAUCACAUCCUCUUUCCUAAUGUGAUCCUCCCUUUUACAAGCCAUCCUUUACUUUUAGGUAAGGUUUGAAACUGUGAUUUGAAUAAGGAGGGGGGUGAUGGGGAUGUGCUUCAAGCUAGGAAACUAAUUGUCUGAAAAUACUGAGGAUGCUUCCUGAAAGAGGGAGUCAUGAGAACCAUGGGGAAAUAGUAAGCAGGGAAAGACUUUCAAAAACAUUGGCCAGUGUGAAAAUGAAACAUUUUGUUCUUUGAAUAGUGUAUGGUUAUAAUUAAUGAUUUUCUUAUCAAUAAAUUUGUAAUCAUUAUCUUUGAAAAUUACUAGUGUGCAUCUGUAUGAUGUAAUAGUGUGAAACAAAUAGAAUUUAGUUUAUGGUUGUUAAUAAAUAUGCUCAGGUCUGUGAAUUCUACACAGGGGGUCGUUCCCCAGUAACAGCAGUACGGUACUGUCCAUCAUUCACUUGAUAUGUAGUGUUCUGGUAUUAAGUGGCCUUUUGACAUCCACUAAUAUUUUUGGCCUAGUGUAGUACUAACAGUGUUUGACAAGUUGUUCAUUUGACUCCAUUAUCUUUUGUAAUGGGGACUUUACUGAAAAAACAAUACAAAUGUUUUAUAAAUGCAGUACAUAUUUCAGUGCAUCUGUUGAGAAACUCUUAUGCCCAUGGACACGAAGCACGCCUUUUGAAGUGAUUGUUUUUAUCAGACUGAUUAAGCUUAUGGACAGCUCUCAUGUAUUUAGUUGUAGUUGUAAAGUUUUAACAGAUGAGCAAAUAUGCACUAUUAACCUUAGGAAAGUACAUGUUUAUGAUUGUUUUAGCCUGUCACAAGAUUUUUCACUAAAAGGCUCAGAAAAUACAUUGAAGCACCUAAUGUAAUCCAAAGGCAGUUUUGUCUGGCCACUCUCUGCCCCUCGUGUAAAUUGAAUGUAAAUUUUGAAUGCUGCCACCUGGAGCCCCAAAGGUUUUCUGCCUUCCUCUUUUUAAGGUAAAUGUUAUGUGAUGUGGAACUGGAGCAUUUUACACCUGCAUUAUGUAGUAACAGUAGAUUUCCAAGCAUAUCUGUAUGGACAAUAUUACUAUUGUCAGAUUUCCACCAUUGCAAAUAAAUUACCUUUUACUUUGCAAGCUAUGUUAUUUAAUUAUGGUGUGCUUUGUAAACCGGGUAGUAUUUCAAUAUUUAUGGAUUUUUUUAAGUUGAAACUUGAGUAAGCUUAUGCUCUCAGAUAUCCUUAUGUGGGUGUGUUUUUCAAUUUUGAGUAGUGCCAAAACAUCAUUUUGUUCGCAUUUAGUUGAAACCUUGUUUUGUUUGGCUUAAAAUUGAUGGCGAUACUCGAAGUUGGCUAAACAUAUAUCAUGUUUUAAGGUCAACUGUCAUGAUCUUUUGUUUGAAAGAGCGAUCAGGCUCCAGAUUAUCGAAUCAAUGUGUCUAGUGUAAAAAAUCUGUUGAUGAAAGUUAUUUGCCUUUCAGCAAAGCAGAUUCAACUACUAUAAGGAAAGGAAAUUUGUCCAUAUGCAGUUUUAGAAAGUUUCUUGACACCAAGAUAAGAUGUGGAUGAAGAAAAUUGUAUGGUAGCUAUAGUUAUGACUUUGCACAGUGACCUCAGGCAUCAUACCUAUUCAAGGGCUUUAUGCACAAUUGCAAUACUGUGUAUGUCAGAGUUGACAUCAGGAUAAGCCAUUUUUGUAUAUUGUGCUAUAUACUUGUAGCAUUAAACUACCAUAUCAUGAAAUAUUAGCUAAAGCUUGAUAAUCUUAAUUUCAGUUUUUGCUCUGUGGUGCAUUUUUUUAAAGUCAAUUUUUUUUAAUAAAAAUCUAGUAAGUGUUGCUCUCAACAUGUUGCUAUGGUCUUGAUAAAUAUUUAUAGUUAUGUAGUAAAUAUUGUUUAAAGAUUCCAUAGAUUGUCGUAACCUUUUUGAACAGUACCUUUAUUCAAUUUUAUAGUUUUGUUGUUAAAUAUGUGCUCAACUGAUAUUUACUGAGGAGAGGAAAGUCUAAUAUUAUUGAACCCUUACUUGUUUGCUUGUUAGGUGGAAAGCUGUAGCAAAAUUGGUAGUAUUUUCUCUUAAUUAAAACACUUUGAGUAAGAGAUUUAGCUUUAUGUUAUUUAUUUCACUGUAAGAAAAUUUCUGAAAUAGUAAGAUGGUAGAAUUAGUACUUUGGAAAGUUGCUUUUUUUCUUUCCUUACACUGCAAUAUUUCCCUUUAAGAUAACUGCAAUAUUUUCUAAAUAUAUACGUAUGUAUUUAAUAGUCCA